CUGGGUGGUCCGGGACAAGUGCCGGUCCUUCUCUGAGCUUCCUACAGGGAAGGCGAGGGAACUGGAGCCCCCCAAUAGGCGUGUGAGGCGAGGCCUGGACAGCGAAUCCAAGGCCGGCACUCUGACAUCAGCCUGGCCUCCUGGGGACGCAAGGCCCUGGACAUCGCGGAGAACGAGAUGCCGGGCCUGAUGCGCAUGCGGGAGAUGUACUCGGCUUCCAAGCCACUGAAGGGUGCCCGCAUCGCCGGCUGCCUGCACAUGACCGUUGAGACAGCCGUCCUCAUUGAGACCCUUGUUGCCCUGGGUGCUGAGGUGCAGUGGUCCAGCUGCAACAUCUUCUCCACCCAGGACCAUGCAGCAGCUGCCAUUGCCAAGGCCGGCAUUCCGGUGUAUGCCUGGAAGGGUGAAACAGAUGAGGAGUACCUGUGGUGCAUUGAGCAAACUCUGUACUUCAAGGAUGGGCCUCUCAACAUGAUUCUGGAUGACGGCGGUGAUCUCACCAACCUCAUCCACACCAAGUAUCCACAGCUCUUGUCGGGUAUCCGAGGCAUCUCCGAGGAGACCACAACAGGGGUCCACAACCUGUACAAGAUGAAGGCCAACGGGAUCCUGAAGGUUCCUGCCAUCAACGUCAAUGACUCCGUCACAAAGAGCAAAUUUGACAACCUCUAUGGCUGCCGGGAGUCCCUCAUAGAUGGCAUCAAGCGGGCCACAGACGUGAUGAUUGCGGGCAAGGUGGCGGUGGUAGCAGGAUAUGGCGACGUGGGCAAGGGUUGUGCCCAGGCCCUGAGGGGUUUUGGGGCCCGAGUCAUCAUCACCGAGAUUGACCCCAUCAAUGCACUGCAGGCUGCCAUGGAGGGCUAUGAGGUGACUACCAUGGACGAGGCUUGUCAGGAGGGCAACAUAUUUGUCACCACCACAGGCUGUAUCGACAUCAUCCUUGGCAGGCACUUUGAGCAGAUGAAGGAUGACGCCAUCGUAUGUAACAUUGGACACUUUGACGUGGAGAUUGAUGUCAAGUGGCUGAACGAUAACGCUGUGGAGAAAGUGAACAUCAAGCCCCAGGUGGACCGCUACCGGCUGAAGAACGGGCGCCGAAUCAUCCUGCUGGCCGAGGGCCGGCUGGUCAACCUGGGCUGUGCAAUGGGUCACCCCAGCUUCGUGAUGAGCAACUCCUUCACCAACCAGGUGCUGGCGCAGAUUGAACUGUGGACCCAUCCAGACAAGUACUCCGUUGGGGUCCAUUUCCUGCCCAAGAAGUUGGAUGAAGCAGUAGCUGAAGCCCACCUGCGAAAGCUGAAUGUGAAACUGACCAAGCUGACGGAGAAGCAGGCCCAGUAUCUGGGCAUGCCCCGUGAUGGCCCCUUCAAGGCCGAUCACUACCGUUACUGAGAACCAGAUCUGCCCUUUUGCCUUCUAGCUGCUGUCCUUGCCCAGGUCCCUCCUCUUCUCCUCAAGAGCAAAUGGCACCAAUUUUGAGAAUGAUUUGUUAAUGUCCCCCAUCGACUCCCUGGGGCUGGCCACUCAGUCUUUGGCCUCCGUUAUAUCCCUCAUACUGUUCCUUGUGUGGGAGAGGGAAUUGAGAAGCCCCUCCUCAAGCCCUGGUCACAGGGGAGGUACAUGGGAGAUACCCACAGGGAACCAUGAGCUCAGGGGUUUUAGAACUGCUCACUCAGUCAGUCCUUCCUUAGGCUGGAAGUUGGAAGUGAUGGCGUAACACCUGUGUACUUUACUAUCUAAGCCCUCACCUGCCCUAUGGAUGUUGUGCCCAUAUUCUUGAUUGACGGGCUCACUGCUUCCUCAGCCCAUGACAAAUGAGAAGGAGCUAUAUCAAUGGGCGGGGAGGAACUGGUGGAGUUCAAAUGCUCCUGAGAGCCUGGCUUAGUGCUGGGCAUUCUCUUAUACCUCAGAACAAUGAGGUUGGUACUUUGAGUCCCUAUUUUACAGGGGUUAUAAAAUACAGUUACGGGACAGCCGAGAAAGGACAAGAGAAGUGACAGCCAGAGGUUGAGAGGGGCCAGAGAAUCUUAAAAGCAGGCAUAGAUCUGCCACCACUUUGUAAUGGUUCCUAUCACAACCCUGGGUCAAAAAGAUAAAUUUUGUUUAUGUUUAUAUAAUGUUAGAGCAAGAAGGUAGAUAAAUAAAAAUUUUGGUGCCUAAAAUAA